AUGGGGAACCAGGAACUGGUGGUGAGGCUUGGGCUCAAAGGCAAGUUACCAGCCUAUAAGGAACCAAGUUAUGGCCUUAUAAAGGGAGGUCAUGUAUCGGUCAUGCACAAGAAACGGGAACCUUUAGGCUCGCUAGCUCGCUGGCUCAGCCGGCGCGGGGACGAGCUCGGCGGGCGGGGCGCUGGGCGGGCCGGGAGGAGCGCGGGGAGGAGCGCGGGCUGCGGCGGCUCCGCGUCACCGAGCGCUCCCGCCGCCCCGCGCCUCACACUCGGCCCGAGCGCCGCCCAGGACGCCGACGGGGACCUGCAGCCGCUCGGGGGGCGCUUGUGGCGGCCGGGCUGCGCGACCAUGGCGGACAAGGAGGCGGGCGGCGGCGACGCGGGGCCCCGAGAAACAGCUCCCACAUCUGCAUACUCAUCGCCAGCACGGAGUCUGGGGGACACAGGAAUAACACCUCUGUCCCCUUCCCAUAUUGCGAAUGAUGCCGACCCCAACGUCUCAGAGCAGCAGACCUUCCUGGUGGUGGUGGCCAUCGACUUUGGGACCACAUCCAGCGGCUAUGCCUACAGCUUCACCAAGGAGCCGGAGUGCAUCCACGUGAUGCGGCGGUGGGAAGGAGGUGACCCUGGUGUGUCCAACCAGAAGACCCCGACCACCAUCUUGCUUACUCCUGAGAGGAAGUUCCAUAGCUUUGGCUAUGCCGCCCGGGACUUCUACCAUGACCUGGACCCCACUGAGGCCAAGCAGUGGCUGUACCUGGAGAAGUUCAAGAUGAAGCUGCACACCACUGGGGACCUCACCAUGGAUACAGACCUGACAGCAGCAAAUGGCAAGAAGGUCAAAGCCCUGGAAAUCUUUGCAUAUGCCCUGCAGUACUUCAAGGAGCAGGCACUGAAG